GUGGGUUUAGGACUAGCUACAUAUAUAGAUCAUCACAUCUCUCAUCAAGAUAGCUGUUAACAUCUCAAACAAGAUAGUGGCUAGCUAUUGAACUACUGCAUGGUGCUGAGAAUGAGUGUCCUUGUAUUGUGUAUGAGCUGCCUGUGUCUAUGGCUGGGGAAGCUCAGUGUACUGGUGUCUGCAGACUAUGUGGUACAAGUGGAGAUGCUCUCCUACAGUCAUCCAUCCAAUAUGCUCCCAAGCAGUCGAUGUUGUGAUUCACUCAGUCUUGAAGAAUGUAGCAGUGGGGAGCGCUGUGACACCUACUUCACCUACUGUCUGAUACCACGUGCCAGUUCUGCUGAAGUGUGUCCCAAUACUGCUCCUGGAUUUACUCUAGUCAGUAGCGUUAUCUGGAAUGGGGCAGACAUUGACUUCUCACAACUUAAUGUAUUUGGACUCCCUAAUCCAUUCAAUCUAACUGGAAUAUCGACAGCCUGGGAGGGAGCUCAGCUUUAUAUACCAGUGUUUGACUUUGAUAGUAAUGCAGAUGAUCUUAUUGUAAGGUAUCGAUUUGAUCUGAGUCUCUCAGUGGAAUCAACAAGGCUAUUUUCUAGUACCGAGCCUGCUAUCACUCUGAGUGCUACUGUGCUAUGCGCUUCAUUCUACUCUGGAAGCACUUGUGAGAUGUUUAAUCACUGUGAUUCCAAUGCUGUCACAUGCAGUGACCAAGGAACUUGUACAAACGACCUUGAUUCUUACACCUGUGUCUGCAAUGCUGGCUAUACUGGUGCUGAUUGUGAGGAUGAUAUUGAUGAGUGUUUGCUAAUGGAGAGGGUGUGCAGUGGCCAUGGUAACUGCUCUCAUGGAAUAGCCUCCUUCACCUGCUCAUGUGAUCCUGGCUACACUGGACAGAGAUGUGAGACUGACAUUAAUGAUUGUGAUGGAAUAAACUGUAGUGGAAAUGGUGGUUGUGUUGACAUGGUGAACAUGUUCCUAUGUGACUGUGAACCUGGCUACACUGGUGCUGAUUGUGAGACCAACAUUGAUGAUUGUGUGAAUAGGAACUGCAGUGGAAAUGGUGUGUGUGUGGAUGGUGUCAACUCGUUCAGUUGUGAAUUGUUGCGUGGUGCUCCAGGGGAUCUGAUAGGAGGAGUGGUGGGAGGUCUCCUAGUGCUGAUGCUGAUACUCCUGCUCCUGAUAGUGGUCGUGGUGGUGUGUGUGCGGAGGAGAGCUCAGGGGAAGACCAUUCAAGACACUCACUCGCAAGGAGACACCAUUUCCUAUAUUCCAGGAGACAACCCAGUGUAUGGGAUUCCUGAGAACAGGACUAACAGAACAAAUACAAUCACUUCAGAAACAGAAGCUGAGUUUGACAACCCAAUAUAUGGCAGCCAAGAAUCACUCAACGAUGCAGAACUGGUCAAUUCAAUUUAUGGAGAUGCAGAUUUCGAGGACGUACCUUAUAAACUGGCCCCUGCAAUAUCAGACUAUGAGACACCUAGUACCUGUGUAUGACAAUGUACAGAAACUGAGCAGUACAACCAGCUUUUAGUUUUUAUUUAAUCAGUACUGCAGUUAGAUCAAAGCUAUCUAACUGCAGCACUCUGAGUCUUACUUGCCGUCUAUGAAUGGUAACUCAACUUUUCAAG